UGUAGACCGCCGGGAGUUGCACCGGAUCCUCCCGUGAUGCCAUGCAGAACAUCACGUCACAUUAGUGUCCGGAAAGGAUCCUCGGGACGGGGUGGUCUGUGGUUCCGUAUCAUGGACGGUGCUGAGACUCGGUUUUCUAUAUUCUGACAUGGCCGCGGCAGUAUUGUUUCCAGAAAUUUUGGCAAAGAAUAUUCACUAUCUACACAAUUCUGCUUGGAGACUACCACAGAGAUCACCAUACUAUCCAACUUACUAUACAACUUACUAUCCAAUUUUCGAUUCAUCCUCAACAUGGAAGAAGUCGACGUUGCUAUCAUCGGAGGUGGACCUACCGGUCUCUUUACUGGACUCCUGCUCCAUCAACUCGGUGUCUCAGUGUCUAUCCUAGAUGCCAAGCCCGAGUCUCUCGACUUGGGACGCGCCGACGCAUUGAACGCCCGAACACAGCAAUCAUUCGAAGUUGCCAAAAUCUUGGAUGAGCUUCUGCCGCAGGGCCUCAAGUGCAACACGAGCUCAACAUUUGGCAAUGGAGAGUUCAAGUCCCGCCAGAACCAGUGGUGGGUUGGCAUUGAGCACGCGCUGCACAAGAACUUUCUCAUGAUCGGCCAGCCCGUCGUGGAGAGGCUGAUUGCCAGCCGUCUCGAGGGACGCGUCCACUACAAUGAACAAGUCCUCAGCAUCACGGAGGAGACCGAUUCCGUCGAGAUCGUGACUCAGUCCGGCCGCAAAGUUCGCAGCAAGUAUGCCCUAGGCGCUGAUGGCGCAAAGUCCACAGUCCGAAAUUCCCUGGGCCUUACCUUCACUGGAACCAAGCCCGAGAUGCUCUGGGCUGUCCUUGACACAUUUAUCGAUACCGACUUCCCUGUUUGCCCGGAAAUCAUCACCUUUGAGCUGGAUGGUCAGUCUCGCGUCUCAUGGAUCCCGCGAGAGCGUGGUCUCUGUCGUUUCUACGUUCUGCUCGAGGGUGAGGUCACUCAGGAGCUUGCUGAGCAGUCUAUCAAGAAGCACAUGGCCCCUUACAAGGUCGACUUCCUUAAGACAGAGUGGUACAGCACCUUUGAUGUGAAGGAACGAAUUGCCUCUUCUUUCAUUUCCAAGGAAGGCUCAGGCCGCAUUCUCCUCGCCGGAGAUGCUGCGCAUGUGCACUCGGUCAACGGUGGACAAGGCCUUAACACUGGAAUCGCCGACGCUUUCGGCCUUGCCUGGCGUCUGGCCAUGGCUCUGCGGCCCGACCUGAAGAAGGACGCUGCGGCAAACCUCAUCCAAAGCUAUGACCUUGAGCGCAGAACCACGGCUCAGGAGGUCAUUAACGUUGCGGCCGCCCUGGUGCGGGAUACUGUGCACGAGGCCAAGAAAUACGUGUCUACGAUCCAGCGUAACGCGGCUUACAUUACUGGUAUGGGUGUCUCCUACGACGGCAUGGCUUCGCCGCUUAUCAAGGAGUCUGAACAUGGCAUCUGGAAGGCUGGCCACCGAUGCCCCGACAUUGUAGUGAAGCCGGUUUCCGGCGCUGAGAGCACAAGACUCUACACUGAAAUUUCCUACGGUAAAUUCCUGGUUCUCCUCAUUGGCAAGCACCCCGAGAGUGCUUUCGACUACGGCUCCGUGGCGGAUCUGUAUCACAUCUUGCCCUCGAACGAUCAGUCGGAGCCGAGUGGGGAGGCUCAGUCUCAGUUGAGUGUGAGCAACAGGUUCACCGCCGACUGGGUCAAGGCAGACGACUCUUUCGUUGUUGUCGUACGACCAGACAUAUGUCUAGAUUCACCGGCUGUGCCUCUCUCGGAUAACCUUGCAUCAUAUAUUCCGGACGGCGGGCUUCAAGCAUGGCUGCAGGCUGCAGGCUCGUUCUGCCUAUACUUUGGAACAUGGGGCCUUGUAUCCAGCUAUGGCACGUUCCAGACCAUCUAUGAGGCCGACCAACUGAGCCGCCACACACCGUUUCAGAUCUCCGUCGUGGGUUCUCUCCAGACCUUUCUCAUGGUGUUUCUUGGCUUCGUCGUGGGUCCUAUCUAUGAUGCCGGGUAUUUCCGACAUCUUCUGGCCACCGGGUCGUUGCUCAUUGUUGCCGGUACCGUCUUGCAGAGCCUGUGUUCCAGCCUGUGGCAGUUUAUCCUAACCCAGGGGAUCCUUGUGGGCGUGGGGGCGGGCUGCCUCUCUAUUCUCAGCGUUGCUAUUACAUCUCUGUGGUUCACCACCAAGCUUCCUCUAGCGAAUGGCAUCGCCGCCUCAGGGAGUGGUUUUGGGGGAGUUCUACUACCCAUCAUGCUUCGAGAACUCUAUCCCAAGAUAGGACUCCCCUGGGCUGUUCGAGCUCUAGCCCUGGUUCUACUGGUGCUUCUCGGUGUUGCCAAUAUUGUACUUCGAACAAGAGAUCCCAAGUCGCAGGGCCGCAAGAGACGAUCUUUCAUCGACCCAACGGCUUUUCGCGACUGGCCGUACCUCCUUUUUGUUGGUGGUUGUUUUGUUGUGUUUCUCGGGAUGUAUACCCCCUUCGUCUACAUCCAGAGUUACGCCUUAGACGAGAACAUCGUCUCACCCGACCUUGCCCUCUACUUCCUUGCUAUUCUCAACGCUAGUUCCAUCUUUGGCCGUAUCCUGCCCAGCCUCGUCGCACAGCGCAUCGGGUCAAUGAACAUGAUCAUCGGAACGACGAUUGCCCUCUCCAUCACCAGUCUGAGCCUCAUCGCGGCCAAGACGCAAGCUCGUCUCAUAGUCGCCAUUGUGUUCCAAGGCUUCUUUACGGGGACCUUUUUUGCGCUGCAGCCAACCAUCUUCGUCAGGCUCUCAGCAGAUCCUAGCAAGAUUGGGACGAGGUUUGGCACGGCUUUCUCCGUCAUGUCUGUGGCGCUGCUGUUUGGGUCCCCAAUUUCAGGGGCUCUGCGGAAGCAGAUGGGCUACAAUGCCGCUUGGGUUUGGGCGGGUAUCACGAUAUUCUGCGGGGGGAUGGUCAUAUUAGCCUCUAGGGUAUUAAAACGUCAGUGGACGAAGCCCGUGUAGUAUAGAUGCACACAAUAAUAGCAUGAUCUAUUUU